AUGAAAAUUUUCAGGACUAAGAGAACUAAGAAGGUUGGUAUUACCGGUAAAUUCGGUGUCAGAUACGGUUCUUCAUUAAGAAGACAAACCAAGAAGUUGGAAGUCCAACAACACGCUAAAUACGAUUGUUCAUUCUGUGGUAAGAGAACUGUCCAAAGAGGUGCUGCUGGUAUCUGGACUUGUAAAUCUUGUCGUAAGACUGUUGCUGGUGGUGCUUACACUGUUUCUACUGCCGCUGCUGCUACCGUUAGAUCUACCAUUCGUCGUUUAAGAGACAUGGCUGAAGCUUAA